AGAAAACGAGAGCAAAACGGAGAGGAGGAAAAGAGGCAAAAAAAAGGAGGAAAAAAUAGAAAACCGACCAGUUGUCAAAAUCCGCCCGUGGCUCCUUCGCUUUUAGCUGCCGUUCCGGAGCGCUCCAACACACAAGAAAAAAAGGAAAACGACGACUCCAUUUCGCCGAUUGCUACGACGUCCUGUGCGGCCAUCGAAUCGUGCCCUGUACAACCAGCCGUGUUCCCGGUGAUUCGCGAGAUUGCGUAAAUCGUGGUCAAUCCCUUUUUUGACCACCACCCGCUGCGAGCGCUGCCGACGUACCACCGAUAAGAGGAUCUUUGCCAAAACGAAUAACCUGCCCCCCACCAACGCCAGCACUUCCUGUGUACGUGUCGCGCCGUGUUACCUGUCGCUUCGUACGCCUGUUCCUGUACGUGGUCGCCGCCGUCUUUGCUUGCUUUUUGGAGUGAAAAGCACGCCACAGCAACAGCCACCACCACCGCGAGCGGGCUGUGUGGAAAAGUAGGCUUUGUGUCGAGAUUCAGAGAAAAACGGAAGCCUUUCUUUGUGGCCAAACCCAAACCACGGCCCCCACCCGGUAAGCAUGGCCAACAACCAGCGCCAGCGAGCUGCACCGCGACCGGAGAAAAACGUUAGCGAGUCCGAGGGCGGGGAAUCGCUGUGUGUCGUGUGCUUUAAGCCGAUCGUCUACUUUGCGAUCGGCGAAUGUGAUCAUCUGUGUUGCUACGAGUGUUCCACCCGGAUCCGGGUGCUGUGUCGCCAGAAUGAUUGCCCCAUCUGUCGCCGCGAUCUGUCCAAGGUUAUCUUUUCCAAAGUGCUGCUACCGUACCAGCAGCUGGAAACGAAGAAUCGCAGCGGGCUGUACGACAAGAAGUAUCGCAUCUGCUUCACGGAGGUUGAGGUGCAGCAAGCCUUCUUCGAUCUGCUGGAUAACAAAUGCCCCCGAUGCGACGAGAAAAACUUCCCCAAGUUCGAGCUGCUGCGGGAGCAUGUGCGCAAACGGCACGAAAUGUUCUACUGCGACAUCUGCACCGAGCAUCUGAAGGUGUUCUCUUCCGAGCGGCGCUGCUACAAUCGUCAGGAGCUGGCGCUACAUCGACGCAAGGGCGACCCGGAUAAGGUCGGCCACCGGGGCCAUCCGCUGUGCGAGUACUGCGAUACGCGCUUCCUCGACAAGGACGAGCUGUUCCGGCAUUUGCGCAAGGAUCACUUCUUCUGCCACUACUGUGAUGCCGAUGGGCGGAACUACUUCUAUGGAGAUUAUGCCUCGCUGCGGGAACACUUUCGUUCGGAUCACUUCCUGUGCGAGGAGGGCGACUGUGAGCAGGAACAGUUUACAUCCGUGUUCCGAUCGGAAAUCGAUCUGCGGGCGCACAGGGCAACGGCCCACGGUAAAGCGAUGAACCGGGAGGCUAACAAGCAGACGCGACGGUUGGAACUGGAAUUUUCGUACGCACCACGCCAUGGGUUGGCCCCGGGCGGUGCCAAUGCCGGACCGGGUGGUGGAGACCACCGUGGUGAAGGUUCUGGGGGCAGAGGUGGUGGUGGUGGUGCCGGAGGCGGUAGAUCACGAGGUGGUGGACGUGGUGGAGGAGGUGGUCGUGAUGGUGGUGGCGGUCGUGAUGUUGGUCCAAGCAUGACGAACCAUGAUACGCAACGGGAAUUCGAUAUGGGGCUACCGGACAACGAAAUCCGACAGCCAAACCACCAGCAGACGAUCCAGCAGCACCCAAAACGGGUGAUCGAUGCAACCAGUGAGCAGGACUUCCCAUCGCUUGGUGGUACGGCACCGAAUCCGGUGUUCCGGCCAAGUAACCUAUCGAUCCGUCAGCGAGUGUAUGGGGCCGCUGGUCUUGCGCGGACGAAAGAGAACUUCCCGGCGCUCGGAUCGGAAGGUGGCGAAAGCACUGGACCGACCAGCUUGAACGAGGGCUUCAGCAGCAAAAUCACGGCUAGCUCCCUGCUAAAACCUAGUCAACCAUCCAGUGGUAGUCGAGGGGUAGCCUCGGUUGUAAGUGGUGGUGGUGGUGGCAGUGGUGGUACCAGCAUGAUGAUACACGUCUCCAAUCGUCCACCAUCGACGAGUGCACCGGGCAGCAAAGCGAAUGGAACAGCAGGUGGUGGUAAACGAAACCAGGCGGCCGAUUUCCCGGCCCUGCCCGGUUCGUCGAAGCAGCCGGGAUCGUCAGCAGCCACCGGUCGCAAAAUGGUGGUCGAUCCGUUCGGUGAUCCGGAUGAUCGUACCGCCGGUGGCAGUGGGAUGGUGAAUCUGAACGCAAUGUCCGCCAAACAUCGCGCACUGGCCGAUGACUACGUGUCGGUUUCGAGUGUUGUCUCCAAGGUGAACACCAUCGCACCGAAGGACGCACAGGCAGCGGCCAAGAAGGGACAGGUAGUGGUGCCGAGCGUCAAUUCGACGAAAGCCUUUCCAUCACUCGGAGAUGCCACGGGUGUGCCGGGUGCUGGAACGAAACCAGUCUCCUGGGUCGCCAGUGCAUCGAUCGCGACUAGCAGUAGUGGCCAACCGUCUUCCUCGUUUAACGUUUCUUCGAAAAAGAAGCCCGCUCCGGCACCGAACCUGAAGGAUGAUAAUAGCAGCAGUAGUAGUAGUAGUGGUGGGUUUGUGAAUCUGAAUGCACUUACGGGCAAAAAAUCGGGCGACAGCAAGUCAAACUCGAAACAGAAGACAUCGGCGACCACCAACGCUACCUCCAAAAUGGCCGAUACGCGCAACAACAAUAACGCCCAAACCACAGCAACCACGGAAUCUGCAGCGAAAAGUGGUGCAACGAAAGAUCGAUCAAAGGAGGCAUCGAAGCAACCGACGAAAUCUAAUGGAGGGCUACCAGGGUCCUCCGCCGGCGGUGGUAAUCAAUCAAUCUCCAGCAAUAACAACAACCAGUCGAAUUCCAGCGCGGCCUCCAAGAGGAUAGCAGGCACGACGGGAGAUGCAACGCCAGGUUUCGGCAGUGAGUCUUUCCCGGCGCUCGGUAACAAUGGACCGGUUGAUUUUGCGCUCGCUGCCGGUCCUAAGCGUACUCCGCCCGGGUUUGAAAACGUGAACGUGAAGCGUGUUCCGGGACCACCGCCUGGUUUCGGGCAUGCCGUCACGCUGAACUCGGUCGCGCGCAACACCAACAACAUGACGUUCACGAACUCGAACGGCGAAUCGUACAAUAUACUGCCCUCGUACAGCUACGCCCCGGUAUCGAAUGCCUACAAAAGAAAUCAGAUCCUGGAGACGCAGUUCCACAAGUCACUGAAAAAUCCUACCGCCUUUAAUGAGUUCAAAAGGAUGUCACAAAUGUUCCUGGAUGGGCAGUACAACGGGGCAGCCUACUACGAGCAGUGCAAGUGUGCGCUCGGUGAUCGAUUCAACGAUACGUUCCCCGAGCUGAUUGCUCUGCUACCGAACAUCGCUAAGCAACAGGAGCUGUACCUAGUGUACUGCCAGGACGAGAAAAACCGCCCAAGACCAGCGACCGGUAAGGGAAAGGGGGCGGCGGGCUCUUCCGCGAACCGAGUGUUGGAAGUUUGUCAGGUGUGCAAGCAAGUGUUGAUCAGCGCCGAGCUAACGGAACACGCUCAAACCCACUACCUGGAGAAUAACUUCCCGAAACUGGGCCGAAAUGGUAACGACGAAGCGGGAGCAAAGCUCGGUUCCGCUUGGAAGAAGUGAGCUCAAUAUUAAUAGGGAGGGAGGGCGAUGUUCAGGUGAAGAUGAAAUUAACACGAACUUUUCGUAUUGCUGCUUGUUUUGUAUAGCGGCCGGUUUCAAGAUAGUAAAACGGCAGAUGUCUGUUCAGGUCGACCACCAUAAUGCAGCAACGAAAACAGGUUCUGUUGCAACGAAAACAGGGUUUCUUUUUCCUCUUUAGUACUCUUACUUUAACCACCGAUGUUUGGAUUGCAUUGAAGGAAUGUAACAUGGAAUUUUGAUUACAGCGACACUCGACGAGUGAUAUAUAUUUUUUUUUGUUAAAAUCUUUGUGUUUUGCCCUUGCGAAGAAGGGAAGAUCUGCCAAAAAAAACCAACCCACCAGCGGGGUGGCAGAGUAGAGGCAGAUUCGCGAGAUUCUGUGAAUAAAUGUUCUUUGCCUCUUAUUUGAUGCUCAUACAGGGAAUGCUGUUAGUUCCGCAACGGAUUUUUUUGCGUUAAAAUAGGAUGUCGUAGGCGCUUGUACAUAACAAUAAAGCGGAAGUGGAGGAAAAUAAUGGCCUUCAAAAGGUAA